AUGAUCAGCUUCACAAGAUGGACUACAGUGGAGGAGGUUGUUGAGAUUCCACCAGCUUUCCCAGAAUUCACCUACUCCCUUACUCCCAUAGAGAAGCUCCCAUCAGUUUUGGAUAACAAAGAGUACUUUACAGAUGUACUUGGCGCAGUCACAAAGAUCUCGGAUGCUUUGCCAUUACGGCCAAGAUCCCAGCAAGUUGAUACCAUGAAAAGAACUGUGACAGUAUGUGAUGAAAGUGGUGCUUCUCUGGACGUCACGCUUUGUGGUGAGCGAGCCACUUCAUUCCCAGCUGAACAACUUCAUAAGGAUGGACAGCAUUCACCACAAAUUGUAAUAUUUGUUGGCACUCUUGUGAGGGGCUAUGCUGGAACCAUCUCAUUGUCUGGCGGCUCAUCAUGCAAGUGGUAUAUAAAUCCUGAUGUCCCUGAAGCAAAAAACCUUAUUGCCAGCAUGAAAAGCGUGCACCAACCAGUUGCACUCGCUCCACAGGUAAAAUACAGUGAGCCCAGAACUUCUAUUGCAGAACACAAGAAAGUAUCUGAUAUCAAGUAUCUUCACCCCUUCAAGAACAAGAAAGUAGAGUGGUUGGUUACAGUAAAGAUAAUGAAGAUUGAUAAGUCAUGGUGGUAUGAGUCGUGCAAGAAAUGUUUCAGAACAACUAGGCCUCAUGGCAACACCUACAAAUGCUCUAAUCCAACAUGUAGCACCAUUGGUGCGCCUAGCCCAAGGUACAAACUGGUCAUCAUUGCUGGGGACGAGACUGGUGACACUGAGUUUGUCAUGUUUGGACGCAUAGUGCAACGUAUCAUAAAAAAGACAGUCGAUGCUCUCAUUGCCAAUAAUCCGCCUGGAUUUAUCCCUGACGAGAUCACUAGGCUAUUGGAAAAGGUUUUCACGUUCAAUGUUUGCUUCACAGAGAAUACAAUUUCUUCUGGCAAUGUCUCUUUCCAGGCAGCAGUGUAG